GUUUCUUUCGUAAACAUUGAGUGUCAUGCUUCUCGUGUGUUCCUUGUCUUCGCUUCUACGAGCUUGAAUCAAGAGGGAGGAUCGUACAUCAGUGAGAUAUCGCUUGUCUCUUAUCUACAUUAUCACAAAAAGGAUGUUCGGAACUGCGAGAUUACAUCUUCUGAGCGGUAGUCUCUUGAUCAUUUUCACUGGCAUUCUUGCGAUUGGUACCGAGGAUGGUCCACAGUCCUUCGAGACUGUCCAUAACAGUAACGCAGCUAUCUUGAACCGUCUCGGCUUGGCACCCCUUCAAAUCCCUGAUGGACAUCACAAGAAACGUUUAGCUGGUCCCGAACCGCCUGGACUGAAUUCCCAGACACGAAUUCAUCAACCGUACAGUCGUCGACACGGUCAUCGAGACAGUCAUAUUUACAUCGUCAAACUACCAGCCAGUCCGCCGUACUACACGAUCACAAAGCCUCACAAAACGGCAAAGGAUGAAAAAGUAAUCAAAACGGGACCAAAUCUUCCGGUUGGUUUUCAUGGUAACGGCAAGCCAGCAAAAAUCUAUCAUUGGAACUUGCCUCUGGUGAAGAAGAUAACGGAAAAGAAGAGACUCCAAGCACAAUUACGAAUGGACCAGGCUAGGAAAAAGUUGGAGGAGAGCAAAAAACAUCAGCUAUCCGAAUCAUCGAUUUCUAUCGAUAGAGUCAAUUCCGUUCUAGAUAAUCGUCAAGACAUCGAGAAAAAGAAAAUUAUACCGCAUAAGAUUUUAUCAUCCAAACAUAUAAGGAACAAUGAUAAGAGAUUAAAUUAUCCCGAAAUAAUCGAUAAGAAAUCAGACUCGACCAAGAAAACCAUGAAUAGUUUAUCGACGAAGACUUACAGGCUCGAUGAUUCGAAUAUGCAUAGAAUUCAUUUGACCAACGAACUUCACGGCUCAAGAAACACUUUGCCGAAGAUGAAGAAACACCGGAAGAAGGCAGCCAUGUCUUAUUAUGCGCCAAUCACAACCAAGACAGGCUCUACUAGCAUCCACAAGAAUUUCUCCGGAAAUGGCAAGCCUAAAGCGUUCUACGUAAUAGAGAAGAGUCGUAAACCCGUCUACUAUCAUCCCCUGCUGCCUUAAUCUCCAAAAUCGUUAAUCGCAAAAAGUCAUGCACAAUCCAUGAACGACCUAAGGAAUCUGUUAACUUUAGUAGAUUCCUCUUCGCCACUUUGCUACUUUGGUUAAACAGAAUUACGAAUGGUCGUUCGUUCAAUAACAAGGAAAAGAACGAGAGAGAGAGAGAGAGAGAGAGAGAGAGAGAGAGAGAGAGAGAGAGACUUAGACUAUGACCUCCGUAUCGAUGUGUGGUCAAUCAUUAUUCAAGGUCACGCGUAUCCUACAAACCGUUCCAUUUCUAUCACAGUUGUUAGAACACAUUAGGUUUAGGUCGAAGACGUUUCUCUCUUCGGCGGAUGGAGCUUACGUUUAAGAUAAAUUAGGUUUAACUCGUACAUACGUGCAUAAAAUGUGGUGCGUCCGUUCAAGUAUCGAAUCGAUCGAUUAUAACUUAAGUUCAAUUAUUUUAAAUAUCUUUUUACAUACUUCUUAAUCUUCCCUGUAAUUGUAUAACUUUGAUUGAAUUAAGAUAGGCGAUCGGAAUAAUUGAAAGAAAAAAAAAA